AUGGCGGCGGAUCGGCGCGGCACAGCCGUGUACAGUAUUGAUCCGCUCCUUGAUGCGCUUCCGAGUGUGCAAGGAGCAGCUCCAGGAUCUCCCGCAGACCUGCGUCGUGCUGUAAGGUACGUGAGUGCAUACGAGCGGCACGUGUACGUCGCGACGAACGACGGCUACGUGCAUCAUUUUGUGAAUGCAUCGGCACAUCCUCCACAGCCCGCUUCGCGCGAGGCAGACUGGGUGCUGGAACAGAGUCUGCAAGUAUCUUCUUUGGGAAGACCUGUGGAGAAAGUGCUUGUACUGCACGCUGUUGCGCUAGUUGCCAUCUUGUGCGAAAACACGCUGCGAUUCUACGCAUACCCAUCGCUUGCACCUGGCACCUGGCUGCCCGUUAUUCGUGGCGUAACACAGGCGGUUAUGGAUGAUGCAGAAAAACAUUCUGCCGGAUUCGUGAGUAUUUGUCUGCUCAAACGCCAGCGGCUGCAGCUUAUUGUGUUGGAGCACGCUGGGUGGGCCACAGUUAAAGAGAUGGCAAUUGCGCGAGAUGCCGUGAUUGCGCGGCGUUGCAAUGAGAUUUUGUGUGUAGCGACGCCUACCGAGUACUGCUUGAUCAACUUGGAAACUGGCGAACAAACACCACUGAUGCUCCCCAUUUCCCAGAGCACCACUGUUUCCUCUGCAUUGGUUCGCCCGUGUGUCGUUUCUGUCUCCUUUCCGUCUGUGGAAGGGGCAUUGCAAACAUUUCUUAUUACGAGCCAUUCGGAUACGGGCACGCUUGGCGCUUUUAUUCGACCGGAUGGGGAGCCGAGCGACAGGCUUGUCGAGUGGCCGUCCCAUCCGCGGUCGGUUGUGUACAGCGCACCGUACUUGUGUGCGCUGCUCCGCAACGACACGAUCCAUGUGCAUGAUAUGCGCACCAUGCAUCGAACCCAGGUAGUUGCCAUCGAACAGGAAGAUGCGCGGCUCCUGCUAGAUAUUGCGCCAAAUACCCAGGUGCACCCGGGGCGAGCACUGUUCUCUACAAGCACAGUAGAUGUCCCGCUGCACGGUACUACUCUUACAGCACCAACACCUUUUCCUACAGGUGCAAGCUUGCCGAUUGAUGCGUUGCUUGUGCUAAAGCGUUCGGUAUCGUGUUUUGUGUGUGCGGCGCCUACAGAUCGCGCUCUGCGCGCGAUACAGGAAAAUGACUGGAAAACGGCGCAAACGAUCCUUGCGUUGAACACGGAAGAGGAUAUGCAUUUCAGUGUGAUUGCAUUGCUUGUUGGGCUGCACCAUGUGCUGCAUACGCGUUUUUUACAGGCUGUGCCGUACCUAGUGCGGGGUCGAUUGGAUAUUCGUCUUCUGCUCGCCAAAUUUCCGCAGUUUGACGUGCUCCUUGCGGGGAGACAAGAAGCACCCAUGGCAAGUGCGGCGCUUGCCCUGUGGACCGAACUGCCUGCAUCCAUCUCAGAGCUGAUCACGCUGAAUUUGGCGCUGAACUAUGCGCCGCACAUACAGGAAAACGUGUAUGCGCCAUUGCACGCCGCUUUGCUUGCGCGCGCCGAUACAAUGCUAGAACAGGUGCUUGCAGCAAGCAAAUGCGACACGUUUGCGCUUGCACAAGCCGCGCUUGUGUCCCUAUACCUUUCGCGCGAUCCACGCACGCCAAUGGACCGACUCUUGCCACAUUUAAUGCACUGCACUGCAGAUGUGGGGUCUGUGCUUGAGAUGCAUCAUCGGUACCUUGCGUAUGCACAACUGCUUCUUGCACAUAAUCGGCGUACUGAGGCGCUGCGCAUCUGGGUACGUGUUCUAGAUGGCGAUCUGCGCGACGCGUACGACACGAUUACAACUGGCGACGUUGCUACGGAGGCUGCGCGUCUUGCGUCGCGCGACGAUAUUGCCGAGUUUGGUCUGUGGCUAGCACGGCACAAUACUCAGCUUGGUCUUGACGUGCUGCUUCAUAUGGACUUUACGGAUGAAGCGCAAGCGCGCAAGACAUGGGCCGCUCUUUGCGCGCUGGACAGCAGCGCAGCGGCGCGGCUGCUAGAGCACGUUGUGUUUACAGAGCUGCACCAGGCUGCGGGCCUGCAUGCAGAGCUGUGCAUGGCAUUGGCCGAUACCGUGACCAAGGCACUGGUCAACCACACAUACCCCAAGGAAGCCACUGUACAUGCCUAUACCCUGCAUCCGACCGAAUGCUUUGCCAUGCACAUAGCGCGCCUCGCCGCACGGCUGGACAGCGCCGUUUUGUAUGCACGCGUGAAGCUUAUGCUUUUGCUUGCGUACUCUAAUGUGCUUGACAAUGAGCAGAUUUAUGAUCAGCUUGCAGUACACCAGGAGUUUGUGUUUGAGAAGGCAAUCUUGCUGGUAAAAAUGCAGCGCAACGACGAGGCGUUGUUGCAUGUAGCGAUCCACCUGCGCGACGCACGCAGCGCACAGGCGUUUUGCCUUCAGCCCUCUUAUAUGAUUGUGCCAGCGGUGGCUCAGGAGAUGGUGCUUGUGAUAGGGAUUCCAGAGUACGCGUCCGUGAUCCCGACGGCGGCAGUGCCAAGCAACCGUACAAAGACGCGAGUGCUGCUGCAGACAUUACUGCACAUUUACACGCAGCAAACAUUGCUCGACACUUUUGAACCUGCUAUUGUGCGUCUUGUGUGUACAGCACCGUGCUAUUUUGAUAUCACGCUUGUGCUCGCGCUCGUACCGGCGCAUUGGCGCGUCGCCCAAUUCGCACCGUACUUGGUGAGUGCACUUCGCACAGGCCAGCAUAAAAAACGCAUGGCAGAUAUGGUAAAGGCCAUGUCUUAUACUCGCACCAAAUAUAUCACGGCACAACAUUGGGGCGCGGUUCGCGCCGCCGGCGGUGUGUUCCAAGACGAGGCACCAUAG